UCUCGGCCGGGCCGCGGGCCCCCCAGUGAGCGGCGAUGGCCAACGGAGCGAUCCCGCCGCCCGGGGGCGCCUCCCCCCUCCCCCAGGUCCGGGUGCCCUUGGAGGAGCCGCCCCUGAGCCCAGACCUGGAGGAGGACGACGACUUGGGCAAGACCUUGGCUGUGAGCAGGUUCGGGGACCUCAUCAGCAAGCCCCCGGCCCGGGACCCCGAGAAGCCCAGCCGCAGCUACAGCGAGCGGGACUUUGAGUUUCACCGGCACACAUCCCACCACACCCACCACCCGCUCUCGGCGCGCCUGCCUCCGCCCCACAAGCUGCGGCGACUGCCCCCCACCUCUGCCCGGCAGACCAGAAGGAAGAGGAAGAAGGAGAGAACCUCGGCUCCCCCCUCCGAGGGGACCCCUCCCAUCCAGGAGGAGGGGGGAGCCGGAGUGGAGGAGGAGGAGGAGGACGAUGAGGAGGAAGAGGAAGGGGAAUCUGAGGCAGAGCCCGCGGAGCCCCCGCCCUCAGGGUCUCCCCAGAAAGCAAAGUUCUCCAUCGGCAGCGAUGAGGAGGACAGUCCUGGCCUCUCCGGGAGGGCCGCCUGCGCCAAGCCCCCGGCCUCGGGGGGCCCUGGCUCUGACAAGAGCGCCCCACCGGCAGUCAGUCCAAGGCUGCCAUGGUGCCUCCUCAGCUCCUCGAGCCCCCGGGCGCGGGUCCCCCGAGUCGCUGGAGAGAAGAGCCGGCCCUGGAGCCCGUCGGCCAGCUACGACCUGCGGGAGCGGCUGUGCCCCGGCAGUGCCCUGGGCAGCCCAGGUGGCCCGGAGCAGCAGGUGCCCACCGACGAGGCGGAGGCCCAGAUGCUGGGCUCCGCGGACCUGGACGACAUGAAGAGUCACCGGCUGGAGGACAACCCUGGCGUGCGGCGGCACCUAGUGAAGAAGCCGUCUCGGACGCAGGGCGGCAGGGGCAGCCCCGGUGGCCUGGCCCCCGUCCUGCGCAGGAAGAAGAAGAAGAAGCAGCUGGAUCGGAGGCCUCACGAGGUGUUUGUGGAGCUGAAUGAGCUGACGCUGGACCGCAGCCAGGAGCCCCACUGGCGGGAGACGGCGCGCUGGAUCAAGUUUGAGGAGGACGUGGAGGAGGAGACGGAGCGCUGGGGGAAGCCCCACGUGGCCUCGCUCUCGUUCCGCAGCCUCCUGGAGCUCAGGAGGACCAUCGCCCACGGAGCCGCCCUCCUGGACCUGGAGCAGACCACCCUGCCGGGGAUCGCGCACCUCGUGGUGGAGACCAUGAUCGUGUCUGACCAGAUCCGUCCGGAGGACAGGGCCAGCGUCCUGCGUACCCUCCUACUGAAACACAGCCAUCCCAAUGAUGACAAGGACAGCGGCUUCUUUCCCCGCAACCCCUCCAGCUCCAGCGUGAACUCGGUCCUGGGGAAUCAUCACCCAACCCCCAGCCACGGCCCUGACGGGGCGGUGCCCACCAUGUCCGAUGACGUCGGGGAGCCAGCCCCACUCUGGCCUCACGACCCCGAUGCCAAGGAGAAGCCCCUCCACAUGCCCGGGGGAGACGGUCACCGGGGAAAAAGUCUGAAGCUGCUGGAGAAGAUCCCCGAAGAUGCUGAGGCCACUGUUGUGCUCGUGGGCUGCGUGCCUUUCUUGGAGCAGCCGGCGGCAGCUUUUGUGCGCCUGAAUGAGGCUGUGCUCUUGGAAUCUGUGCUUGAAGUCCCGGUGCCCGUUCGCUUCCUCUUUGUGAUGCUGGGUCCCAGCCACACCAGCACUGACUACCAUGAGCUUGGGCGCUCCAUCGCCACCCUCAUGUCUGACAAGCUGUUCCAUGAGGCCGCCUACCAGGCAGACGACCGGCAGGACCUCCUGAGCGCCAUCAGUGAGUUCCUGGACGGCAGCAUCGUGAUUCCUCCAUCCGAGGUGGAGGGCCGCGACCUGCUGCGCUCCGUGGCCGCCUUCCAGCGCGAGCUGCUGCGGAAGCGGCGGGAGCGGGAACAGACCAAGGUGGAGCUGACCACGCAGGGGAGCUAUGUGGCCCCCGGGAAAGAGCUGUCUGUGGAGCUGGGUGGCUCCGAGGCAACCCCCGAAGAUGACCCCCUGCUGCGGACUGGCUCGGUGUUCGGGGGGCUCGUGCGGGACGUGAAGCGCCGGUACCCACACUACCCCAGUGACCUGCGAGAUGCCCUGCACUCCCAGUGCGUGGCAGCCGUGCUCUUCAUCUACUUCGCCGCCCUCAGCCCUGCCAUCACCUUCGGGGGGCUGCUAGGGGAGAAGACGGAAGGGCUGAUGGGCGUGUCAGAGCUGAUCGUGUCCACGGCGGUGCUUGGCGUCCUCUUCUCCCUGCUGGGGGCCCAGCCGCUGCUUGUGGUCGGCUUCUCGGGGCCACUGCUGGUCUUCGAAGAAGCCUUCUUCAAGUUUUGCCGAUCCCAGGACCUGGAGUACCUCACCGGCCGGGUGUGGGUCGGCCUGUGGCUGGUGGUCUUCGUCCUUGCCCUGGUGGCCGCCGAGGGCAGCUUCCUGGUCCGCUAUAUCUCACCUUUCACCCAGGAGAUCUUCGCCUUCCUCAUCUCGCUUAUUUUCAUCUAUGAGACCUUCCACAAGCUCUACAAGGUGUUCACGGAGCACCCACUGCUGCCAUUCUACCCCCCCGAGGGGGCGUUGGAGGCUGGGCUGGAGCUGAACGGGAGUGCCCUGCCCCCCACCGAGGGGCCACCCGGCCCCAGGAACCAGCCCAACACGGCCCUGCUGUCCCUCAUCCUCAUGCUGGGGACCUUUCUCAUUGCCUUCUUCCUGCGGAAGUUCAGGAACAGCCGCUUCCUGGGUGGCAAGGCUCGCCGCAUCAUUGGGGAUUUUGGCAUCCCCAUUUCCAUUCUGGUGAUGGUCCUCGUGGAUUACUCCAUCACAGACACCUACACCCAGAAGCUGACAGUGCCCACGGGGCUCUCGGUGACGUCCCCUCAUAAGCGCACGUGGUUCAUCCCGCCCCUGGGCAGUGCCCGUCCUUUCCCGCCCUGGAUGAUGGUGGCAGCUGCCGUCCCCGCCCUCCUGGUCCUCAUCCUCAUCUUCAUGGAGACGCAAAUCACUGCGCUCAUCGUCAGCCAGAAGGCUCGCAGGCUGCUCAAGGGCUCCGGCUUCCACCUGGACCUGCUGCUCAUCGGCUCCCUGGGGGGGCUGUGUGGGCUCUUCGGGUUGCCCUGGCUCACGGCUGCCACCGUCCGCUCGGUCACGCACGUGAACGCACUGACUGUUAUGCGCACGGCCAUCGCGCCCGGCGACAAGCCCCAGAUCCAGGAGGUGCGGGAGCAGCGGGUCACCGGAGUGCUCAUCGCCAGCCUCGUGGGCCUGUCCAUUGUCAUGGGGGCUGUGCUGCGCCGGAUCCCCUUGGCUGUGCUCUUUGGGAUUUUCCUGUACAUGGGGGUCACGUCCCUGUCCGGUAUCCAGCUCUCCCAGCGUCUGUUGCUUAUCCUCAUGCCGGCAAAACACCAUCCCGAGCAACCCUAUGUGACCAAGGUGAAGACGUGGCGGAUGCACCUGUUCACCUGCAUCCAGCUGAGCUGCAUCGCACUGCUCUGGGUGGUCAAGUCCACGGCGGCCUCACUCGCCUUUCCCUUCCUGCUGCUGCUCACGGUGCCCCUGAGGCGCUGCCUUCUGCCCCGGCUCUUCCAGGACAGGGAGCUGCAGGCGCUGGACUCCGAGGAUGCCGAGCCCAACUUCGACGAGGACGGCCAGGAUGAGUACAACGAGCUACACAUGCCCGUGUGACCCCCCACUGGGGUGCCCCUCAGAGACCCUGACACCUUAGUGAUCCACACCCGGGCCCGGGGCCGGCGGGCCCCUCAUGACCCAGAGACGUGCGGGAACCACUAACGCCGCGGCCCGCGGACUCUGCCCAGGGCCCUGACCUUGGCGCGCCCGGGCCCUCGCACAGACCAGACCGGCACAGGCUUUGAGCUCAUUAUAACCACACUCCGUGUCUUGUGUCCGCCUCACUUUCUUGGUUCCACCUCU